AUGCGAUAUGUGAACGAACGACAUCUAGUGCUCACGCUGUCCAAGCGAACUACACGUAGUAAGGUCAGUAAUGGCUCCGUCUGCAGUGUCGACCAGAAGUCCGCGUCGACCUCUAUCCAAUCGCCCGGUUGCAUCUGCGGACCCACCACUACGGCGAGUACGGCGAACUGGGCCUGCCGCCGAAUGCAUCACGGUCCCGUCGUACACGAAGCUGAGUAUCGCGCGGAAUUUCGUGGACAACUCGAUCUCCAGCAACGCGCAGUACUGUUUCAAGACGGCAGCAGGGCGUUUUGGGUGGCGGUGGAGCCGACGGACUUCGUGUCGGGCGUGCAGAUUCUGUCGAUCAACGGGCAGGAGACGGUGGUGAUCAAUUCGACCUACUACUUACUGAUUGAUGGGAGCGGCACGAGCGUCGCGGACUUGGGUUCCGUUGGUAUUUCGCUACAUAUUGGAGGAUACGUCGUCGCUGUCCGCCGAUGCGUGUACUGA